AUGCUGCGACCUCCAGGACGGCUUGGCAGGCUGGGCUGCUGCAGGCUGGCUGGCCGAUCCUUCCCUUGGACAGGCGGUGUCCUGCGGCUGGCGAACACUGCGAGCCGUGGGAACGGUAGCCGAGUCGAGGAGAAGGAGGACCUGAAGCAGGUCUGGGCACAUCUUUUGCCCCGAUCGAUCAACCUGACAGACCUUGGGAAACAAGUUUCGCGACUGGAACGCCCAGCGUAUUCUUGCAGACUCUGGCACAUGGCUGGUCCAAAGGCAAGCCCGCUGGCGCAGGUAUUGAUCUGCAACAGUGACACUGCAGGUAAUGUGGUGGUCUUACCAAGUGGAUGUCUCGUUCUCUGGGAUACCAAAAAGGACCUGCGGGACCGGAUGCUCCAGCUCGCUGCUUCUUGUCCAGCAAAUCGCCCUGGUCCCACCACGAUGGGUGUUGUGCAGAAAGUGCUGGAAGGUGACUUUCUACCAGCAGAGAGCAGCGAGCCCCUCGCCUCCGAGAGCUUGGACUUCGUCUAUGAAGCCGUGGGAAAGGAGACCCGCCUGGACAAGAACACCGGGCAGCUACACGUUGCACAAGUUGCAACGGAUCCCUCUGGAGAAAAAGGUGCUCUGCAGCAGGCACAGCUGGAGCAAAUCGCCAUCUCUUUGGGCCUGGACAUCGCAGUGCGACUGGAUCAGCUGGAAGCAAAGAUCGAGGAGCAAACUGUGAAGGGCUGGCAGGCCCUGGAGAAAGAAGUGGCCAGUGUCGAAGAACGAUUUGCAAUGUCAGUGACUCUGAAGGACAUCUCUAACCGGGUUUUCAGGUACGAGCGUAUGAUCCACGAAAUGAGGUACGAGUUGAAUGCUGCAGGAAGAUUCCUUGAUUCACCUGAUCUGUUGUGGGAAAAUCCUAACGAAGAGCGUCUCCAUGACCAGGUCGUUAGGCAUUUUGAUGUGAAGCGGCGCACAGACCUUCUGAACGAGCAUUUGAGCUACUCCCUGGCUUUCGCGCACACCGUGGGUGAACACGUGAGGCAUUUGUAUUCUGUGCGUCUCGAGAGGAUGAUAAUCAUCUUGAUCACUUUGGAGUUGGGGGUAGGUGUCAUGGGCCUCCUCACAGGAAGUUCACCGCAUUCUGCUGUCGGCCUGCCCAUCAGCCUUCCAGCUCCGGCAUCUGAGGCCAAGUAA